CGUGUCCUCACCUCUUUCAACCUCACGUCUGGCUUCCCUGCUCAGCGCAUAUCUCACCACCACGCGCGCAUCAUCUCUUUCAUCUCGCGCAUCAUCGCAACUUCUACGCGCUUCAAUUGAGCAGCUCUCCCGCAUUUCGCGACUAAGUCCGGAUUGUGUGGAGAAUCACGUCAUUCCAUUCGUUCCGAGCUCUGUUCAGUAGAGGCGUGCAAGAAUGGCCGAAACUCAGAUCCAGGAAGGCGACAAAGUCUCCUGGCAAUGGGGAUCAGGGAAACCCGGCGGUGAGGUUGCCGAGGUCAAGGAGCAAGGCGAGAUCGCCAUUGAGUCCAAUAAAGGCAAUACCAUCAAGAAGAACGCCGAUCCCGAGAACCCCGCGGUUCACAUCGAAAGGCCCGGCAACGAUGUCGUCAAGCGCGCUUCUGAGCUUGAAGUUGAGGAGAAGGCCAAUGGCACCAACGGGGAGCAAGCCAAUGGCGAGUCAAAGAAGGUAGAGGAGAAACAACCAGAGCCUGAGAAGGAAGAGGAGAAGCAGCCCGAGGCCGAGAAGAGAGACGAGGAGAUGAAGGACGCCCCGGCUGCCGAACAAAAGGAAGCUGAGCCGGAGAAACCCGCUGAGGACGAGUCGAAGAAGCAGAAUGGAGCACCCGAGCCGGCGGAAGAGCCCAAGGCUGAACAGCCGAGGGAAGAGUCAAAGAAAGAGACCAAGGAGGAGAAGGAGUCACAGACACCCAAGGCAGAGAAGAAGACCGAAGCACUGAAGACAGGGACGAAGCGCAAGGCCGAGGACUCUCUAGCCGCUGAAACUGAUGGCGCUGAGGCGGAGAAGGACGAGCCGGCUUCCAAGAAGACAAAGACGGACGAGACGAAGGCCCAGGGCAAGGGCAAGAAGGGCGGCCGUCCGAAGGCCACUGAGGAGAAGGAAAAGAAGGAGCCUGUCCGGAAGAGGCAGCCCAAGAAGGCUGCUACCGCCGAUGGCCAGCCUCGGCGAAGCGCCAGGAACCGGUCCUAGAUGCCGUCACGUCUAUGUCCUGGCCGCGGCGAGGAUCCUCGGAAAUAGGUGACGUCGCGACGGAUACGAGUUUCGUGGUAAUCCUUUACUUUAACGAAUGGGAGGCGGUGGGCUUGGGGAAUACAUCGGUUGAAAAAGGCGGCGGUUUCUCAAUGACGGCGCUCAAGGACUUGCAAUUUUUACUGAUUUUCCGCUGAUUUCGCUGCUGUUUCGACUGAUCUGGUCCAAUUUCACUUUCAAGCUGUACCAUAGCUGUCAUCGUCUGUAUUUCCUACGGAUCUCGGAAAAGCUAUGGAAAGUACAGAUAGUUAAUCAAAAGUGAAACGCUAUC